UGGCACUUUUAAUGCCGUUUGCAGUACCUCUCAACAUUCCGAUCACGCAAAAAUCAGCAGUGUGUGCGAUGGCCGUGAGAGCUUCAGCCACCGCUCCGCCGCCGCCACUUCCUCUGCCACCUUCCCCGCGGCUGAAAGCCUCUUCUCUUUCUAAGCUCCCGCCGAAACCUCAAUUCAGUCCCAACUCCUUGUCAGUGUCACUUACAACUUCAGCCACUCUCUCCCUCCUUCCUCUCUUCACAGCUCCCUCCUAUGAAGCUAAAGCUCUCAGCCUUCCCAAAGAAGAGAUUGUCUCCUCCCUCACUCAGGUUGAAUAUACAAUCAAUCAAUUCCAACAAUUGGGUUUGAGCACUUUUGGCACUGCUGGGAGAGUGAUAGGACCUGUUGUUGAAUUUGUGAAGCCUGGCAUUUAUGUGGCAUUGCCUAUUUUAAAGCGGGCUACUGAGGAAGUGGUGAAUAUUACUUCCCCUGUGAUUUCUGCUGCCUCCAAUAAAGCUCUAGAGGCAAUUCAGGGAUCCGGCAUUGACAUUCAGCCUGUGCUAACUGCUGCCAAGACGGUUGCUGAUGUUGUACAGCAGACAUAUAAGGUAAUUCAAGUGGCCAAACCUAUAGCUUCAUCCACAGUAGAAUCCAUCUUAUCAGCAGAACCAUCUACCAUUCUGGGGACUGGUGGGGCAUUCGUCAUUGCAUAUAUCUUACUUCCCCCCAUUUCUUCCACCAUCUCUUUCAGCCUCCGUGGCUAUAAGGGUGACCUCACUCCUGCUCAAACACUGGACCUAAUGUGUACUAAAAAUUAUAUUAUGGUUGAUAUUAGAUCAGAGAAGGACAAGGGCAAGGCUGGAAUUCCUCGCCUUCCAUCCAGUGCUAAAAAUAAGAUGAUUGCAAUUCCUUUGGAAGAUUUACCAAGCCCAGUAAGAAGACUUGUCAGGAGUCCAAAGAAAGUAGAAGCAGAUUUGGUGGCCUUGAAGAUAUCAUAUCUCAAGAAAAUUAACAAGGGGUCCAACAUUGUAAUCAUGGACUCGUAUUCGGAUUCAGCUAAAAUAGUAGCUAGAGCACUGACGAGCCUGGGAUUUAAGAACUGCUGGGUUGUAAAUGAUGGCUUCUCGGGAAGCAGAGGAUGGUUGCAAAGCAAACUGGGAACAGAUUCUUACAACGUUUCUUUUGCCGAAGUUUUGUCACCAUCCCGCAUCAUCCCUGCAGGAUCAAGACCAGUCGGUACAAGAUCUGUGAAAUUGCUUUCAAGGGGUACGGACUAAAAUCUAACACUUACUAUAACGAAUAUUUAUAAUUUUAAUUUUGAUGUAGUUAUAGAUCUGUAACAUCUUUUGGUGUGAUUCUUUCAGUAGUCUUAUGGGAAAUUUUCUCCUAGUUUAUUAGAUAAUCUGGUUUGUGGCUUGGUAUGGUAUGGAAUAUGCUUUGUUGACUGCAGAAAAGUCUGCAACAUGAACUCUUUAUUAGUUGUUUAAACCCUUCACUGAGUAUAUGCAACAUGGAUAUUUUUGGUAAGGAAAA